AUGUUAAAACGCACGCCGCAUCUGCAUUGGCGUCGGCAUGCUAUAUCUCACAUUCGGCCUGGCAGCAUUCGCUUCCGCCCAUCGCCGUCGAAUCGUUCUUAUGCUCGCGUUUGGAGCUUCCUGCGAUCCAGCAGGACGUAUGCCUCAAUCUCCGCCGCGGAGCUGCAAUUCGGCCAGCCUCUACAUGAAACCCAUCCUCACUUACUAGAGCCUGGCGAAUUAACACCAGGAAUCACCGCCCAAGAAUACGCUCACCGCCGUUCAAGACUCGCCAAUCGAUUGCCUAAGAAUGCAAUUGCCAUUGUGGCAGCGGCCGACGUGAAAUAUCGCGCUUCCGGCGUUUUCUACGAAUACCGCCAAGACUCAAACUUUUUCUACCUCACGGGUUUCAAUGAACCGGGCGCACUGGCUAUUAUAAUCAACGAUGGGUCUGGAGAUAAUCAUCUUUUUCAUCUGUACGUGCGAGAGAAGGACCCCAAAAUAGAACUGUGGGAAGGUGCUCGAUCGGGCACUCAGGCUGCAAUGGAUGUGUUCAAUGCGGACGAAACCGGUGACAUUGAACGGAUUAAGGAGCUUAUACUCCCAAUUUUGUCAGAGACAACGGAGAUAUAUACAGACAUAAGAUCUCUCACUCCAGCAGGUUCCUCGAUAUCUCGCUAUCUAUACGGCAGCGAAACACAGUCCGAGAUACAGAAAGUCAUUAAAGAGCAUAAAGUCAGACCUCUUCGCCCAAUAUUGAAUGAAUUGAGGACGUUCAAGAGUGAGAGUGAGGUAGUAAAUCUGCGACAAGCUGGACGAGCCUCAGGACGAGCAUUCACAGAUUCAAUGCGCCAGCACUUCACCACUGAAAAGGACUUGUCCUCAUUUCUGCAGUAUCAAUUCCAGGUGAACGGCUGUAGUGGCAGUGCUUUCGUUCCUGUUGUUGGAGGAGGACGGAACGCCCUCAGCAUCCACUAUACUCGGAACGAUGACAUUUUGCGCGAUGGAGAGCUUGUGCUUGUGGACGGAGGCGGCGAAUACGGCGGCUAUAUUUCAGAUAUAACGAGGACAUGGCCCGUGAACGGCAAAUUUAGUGGACCGCAGCGGGACCUGUAUGCAGCCGUUUUAAAUGUCCAUAGAAGUUGCGUGGCCCUUUCUCGCGAAAGUGCAGGUUUAUCCCUCGACCGUCUUCACGGGAUUGCAGAACAGAGUCUCAAGGACCAACUGCAACAGUUAAAUUUCGAUGUCUCUGGUGAUGCCAUAAGGACCCUAUUCCCGCAUCACCUGGGCCACUAUGUCGGCCUCGACGUGCAUGACUGUGCUGGUUACCCAAGAAAUGUUAUUCUGAAGGCAGGACAAUGUAUUACCAUUGAGCCUGGUCUCUAUGUCCCUGACGACGAACGGUGGCCGGAGCAUUUCCGCGGCAUUGGUAUUCGCAUUGAAGACAGUGUCUGUGUGGGCGAUGAAAAUCCAAUUGUGCUCACAACAGAGGCCGUAAAAGAGAUCGAUGACAUCGAGGCACUGCGGCCGUAG